AUGCCAGUUCAGACAAUUCCACAACAAAAAUUAAAACAAUCUGUUAAAUCUAAAACGAGUACUACCACCAAAUCUUCGACUUCUACCGAUGUACAAUUAGUCACUUCUACUCAAAGUCUUAGUAUUGUACAAACUUUAGUACAAACUGGGAUUGGGGUCAUCACUUAUCUUAGAGGGAUUUUUCCUGACGAAUGUUUUAAUGAUGAUAGAAUCGGACCUGAUCGUUCAUCUGAACUUGAAAACCAUCAAACUAAUCAAGACUCAACUAAACCAAACUCAUCUGAAAUCUUUCAAAAGAAUGUAAGAGAAAGUAGAGGAUAUAUUAAAGUUAAGAAGCUUAAACCAGGUGUUUCUAAAGAGAGUGAUCAAGUUUUAAAUUAUUUGGAUGAAGGUGUUAUGGACGCUAUUCAAAGAGGUUAUCUUAGACAAUUACUCUUUGCUAUGUAUCUCGAUCCAGAUAAACCAAGAGAUGUGAUUGAAUGUUAUACGUUUAAUUUUACUUAUAGUCCAAGUCAUUCUGGUCAUCCUAGAUUAGUACCUGAAAUGGAAGUAAGAGAUCAAUUAAAAGAAAUGUCUUUAACUGGAAAAGUAUCGAUUUCUGAAGAAACAGAUCCCAAUAUAAAUGUCAAAACUGGAGGAAUGGUUAAAAGACAAAUACAAACAUUGAUCAAAAAUUUGAUUUGUUCUACUCAGAGUUUAUCAGAUAUAAAUGGAAGAAGGUUUCUUUCCUUCAAGUUAUAUUACAACGAACGAGUGCCUUUGGAUUAUGAACCACCUCAUUUUAGUGCAGCUGAUCUGGAAAAAGAUCGGUUUACGUUUGGAACCGCUGGGAAAGAAGAAGUCCCUAGUGCAACUGAAAUGGGAAAAGUCGAUACCGGUUUUCAUACUGUACGAGUAGCAUUGGCCACGAUUUCUGAUUUCCUUCCUUCAAAUGAUCUAAGAGGAAACACUACGCACAAUGGGAAUGAAUCUCAAGUUCGCGAUGAACAAAUCAAAACCGUCAAAGAACAAGCUCAACAAAGACCAAUUGUAUGGGACACUGAAAAACUCUUGGAUCCUCCGUCUACUCCACCCGAGAUAUCCAGUCACAUUGAUGGGGUUAACGAGAAAGAGAAACUCGAACCAAUAGGAUUUCGUGAUCCCAAUGGAAAUCUCAUUCCUUUACCUGAUCAGACUCACUCAAAAUUGAAAUCCAUCGACCAUGUACCCGAUAGACCAGUGAAGAUCUUGGAGACCAAAGCCUAUGCAAAUCGAGAUCGAGAUAACGAGGAUCUAGCACCGGAGUCAUCUGCGACCGAAAUCGCCACACAGUUGGAUCAAAACAGUCAAAACUCUCCACCCUCCUCACGAGCGGUACAACAAGCAAAGAUCCAUCAUCAAUUACCUGUCAAGGAUCCUGAGGAUAUCUAUUCUAUGGACGUAGAAUCCCCGAAUCUAGAGAUGAACGAUAAAGCUAAAGCGCUAGGGUUUGAAAAUAGUAGGAGUGAAACCAUCGAAGAUGAAAGCUUAUCGUUGCUAGAACCCCAACGCCAAAAUGUUUCCUCAAAAGAUCUUGAAAAACAUCUCAUCACUUACUCAGGCCAAUUGCGAUCUGUAGUGGGAACUCCGAUCCCAUCUUCACCUGUAAAAGAAAAAACAAAACAAGGAAGAACAACCAAUCUUCCAGACGAUCCGAUACAAACAUUCACAAAAUCACAUCCUCCGGUCAGCAGUCUACAUGAUCCGGUGGUUCUCUCACUUCUGGGAGAUCCGAUUGAAGAAACCGAUUCUACAGCUUUUCUCACCGAGAAGAGUCGAGUUCGACCAAUGGUCGAAGCAGAAAAAGAACUCUAUCCUAAAAAACGAAUCAAAUCACAUGAAGGCGCACUGGAUGAAGGACCUAAUGGAAUGUGUGAAUGUAAAGAUUGGCAUGACGAUAUUGCGAUGAUCAUGUGUGAAAGAUGUUCUAGAUGGCGACAUUUAUCUUGUUAUGGAUAUAAAUCUAUCAAAGAUUUAAGGAUUCCAAUCAAAUUUGAAUGUUUUAGGUGUCAAAUUCAUGGGAAUUUGAGUUUAGAAGAAACAUGGAAAAGAGAAGAUGAAAUUAAAACUUCUUUAGAAGGUUUAAGAACUUUAUGUAUCUUUAGAAGAGCUUUACAAAUCAUUUAUGAUGAAGGUAUGCCAAAUGCUAUUAAAACUCUCGCGAAUCGAUUAGAAAUCGAUGUGAUGACAGCAUCUCAAGUCAAGAAGAGACUUAUAGCCGAAAAAUAUUUAUAUGUGAAAUCAACUACUCCUUCAAAACCCUCAGGAAUAUUAGAAUCAGAGAUUCCAACCCAAAAAGGUAGACCAAGAGGAAGUACAAAAGGAAGAGGUAAAAAAGCUUCCAAGCCUCAUAAGAAUCAAUUGACAGUGAAUGAUACAUAUGAACAAAAACGAUUGAAGGAAGAAGUUUAUUUUACACCUGGAAGUGAACUUGAAUCUAAACUUUUAAAACGAUUUCAAGUCGAUUCUUCAUCAAACAUCAAAGAGAAUCAAAAAGAUCAAAGCUCAUCAAAAGCCAAUCAAAAUUCAGAAAAGAUGAUCAAUCAAGCAACAAUGAGUGAUCAAAUCGAUUCACGUACAUUAUCAUGGACACAUCAAGUAAAAGAAGUACCAAAAGAGAUUGAAAACUUUGAAUCAAAUCAAGAUAUGGAAAUGAAAGAUGGAAGAAUAAAUCAGAUGAGAUCAUCUAUUAGUCCAGAGUCAAGUUCGAAUCUUAACCUUCUUGGUUCAAGAGGAGGUUUAAGAGAUUCAACCAUUAAUAAAACAAUUAAAUCGAUGAGUCAACUUGAAGAAAAGAAACUAAUGAAGAAAAAGAUUUCGACUUCAGCUAGUCAUAGUCAUAGUCAUAGUCAUAGUCAUAAUAAGAUUAAUAAGAAUAAUAAAGUUUCGAUUGGUUGUAAAGAUCUUGAAGUGCUUGGUGUAAGUUGGGAUGAUUUUAGUGAUUGA